GAUCUAGUUAAAGCCAGGCCGAGUCAUGGCUAGACGACCCAUCCUCUUAGGUGACCAGCUGGUUCUGGAGGAAGAUUCUGAUGAGACCUACGUUCCCAGUGAGCAAGAAAUCCUUGACUUUGCCAGAGUGAUUGGUAUUGACCCCAUCAAGGAACCAGAACUGAUGUGGCUGGCAAGGGAAGGUAUUGAAGCUCCAUUGCCCAAGGGCUGGAAACCAUGCCAGAACAUCACAGGUGACCUUUACUACUUCAACUUUGAUACUGGGCAGUCCAUCUGGGACCAUCCGUGUGAUGAGCGUUACCGGCAGCUGGUGAUCCAGGAGCGAGAGAAGUGGUCAGCUCCCGGGGCCAUUAAGAAAAAAGACAAGAAAAAGAAAAAGGAAAAGAAAAACAAAAAGGACAAAGAGACCUCCAAAAGUCCUCUGGUCCUGGGUCCCCCCUUAGCCCCAGUGCAGGCCCCACUUUGGGGCCUGGCUCCCUUACGUGGCCUUGGGGAUGCCCCGCCACCUGCUCUUCGUGGAUCUCAGAGUGUGAGCCUGGGGAGCUCCGCAGAUUCUGGGCAGCUUGGGGACCCCACGCUGCCUCCACAGGGUCUCAAGGCUGCUGCUUGUACAAAGGGUCUCUUGGGUUCUGUACAUGAAGGCAAGUGUGCUCUCAGCCUCUUGACUUUAGGGGAAGAGACCGAGGAGGAGGAUGAAGAGGAGAGUGACAACCAGAGUGUCCGAAGCUCCAGCGAGCUUCUCAAGAACCUGCAUCUGGACCUCGGUGCCCUGGGAGGUGACUUUGAAUACAAGGAAUCUCCAAGAACCAACCAGCCAGACAAGAAGGAUGUUUCUCUCCACUCAGAUACCACCCGGCCCCCGACUCCUGGCAAGCUGUUCAGCCAGGGUGCAGACAAUAGUGUGGACAGUGCCAAUGGCAGCGGGUCCCGGGGAAGAGGGGCAAGUCCCUGGAACCCACAGAAAGAAAAUGACAACAGCAACCCCAAGGCUUCCGCAAGUCCAGUGGCUCCUGGGUUGGACCCUGGGGCUGACCAGCCUGCCAGCGCCUCUAAAAAGGAGCAGGCAGAGGACCCAGUGGAGGCAGGAGAGGAGGGAUCCAGGAGGGAAAGUGCAGCCAAGGAGCCAAGGGAGGCAUCUGCCCUGGAGGAGAGCAGUGAGGUAAGUCCCUCUUUUCUUUGUGUUGUAUCUCUGCAGGAGUCAGAGAUCCUUGAACACUUGAAGGACCCACCGCUCUCAGAGCCUGAAGCUUCUGAUCCCAAGUCUUUCCUUGGCCUGGGCUUCGGUUUUCGCAGCCGGAUCUCAGAGCACCUGCUGGAUUGCAACCUGCUUUCUCCGGUCUUGGGUGGAGCCCACUGGGAGGUCCAAGGCUUAGGCCAAGAAAAGCAAGAUGACAGCCCGUCCAGCAGAGCAGAGCCACAGAGCAAGCAUUCCCAAGUCUCUGAGAGGGAGCGGCUCCGGGGUACCCUUCCCAGCCAAGCCGUUGAGGAGGAGCCUCUGCAAACCCUGGAGGGGCAGCCUGAGUGGAAGGAAGUAGAGGAGCCUGGGAAGGAUUCUGUAGCCAGCCCCACCCCCCUGUCCCUCCUCCAGAGUCUCCUGAAGGCACAGCUACUGGAAGCUGCUGAGGAGGAAGAGGAGGAGGAGGAAGAGGAGACUCGGAUAAGAGAAGAAGAAAGCCAGAGGCUGGCCCGCCUCCGGGCCCAGAUGCAAUCCAGUAUAGAAGCAUUUGAGAACCAAAUUAGAGCCGAGCAAGAGGCUGCCCUGCAGAGGCUUCGAGAAGAGGCAGAGGUCCUCCAGAAGGCUGAAAGAGUCAGCUUGGAAGAGAGAAGCAGGAGGGUGCUGGAGCAGCUGAGGGAGCAGCUGGAGGCCGAGGAGAGGAGUGCACUGGCUGCCUUGAGAGCUGAAAAGGAGGCGGAGAAGGAGGUGCUUCUGCAGCAGCUGAGGGAGCAGCUGGAGGGGGAGAAGAAAGAAGCAGUGGCAGGCCUAGAGAAGGAGCACAGCGCUGAGCUGGAGCUGCUCUGUUCCUCACUGGAGGCCAAGCACCAGGAGGUGGUCUCCAGCCUCCGGAAGAAGAUAGAGGGAGCUCAGCAGAAAGAGGAGGCGCAGUUACAGGAGAGCCUUGGGUGGGCUGAGCAGAGAGCUCACCAGAAGGUUCAUCAGGUGAUUGAGUAUGAGCAAGAGCUCAGCAGCCUCCUUCGAGACAAGCGCCAAGAGGUAGAGAGGGAACAUGAGAGGAAGAUGGACAAAAUGAAAGAGGAGCACCGGCAAGUGAUGGCUGAAGCCAGAGAACGAUACGAAGCUGAGGAGAGAAAGCAGCGGGCUGACCUCCUGGGGCACCUGACUGGAGAGCUGGAGCGCCUGCGAAGGGCCCAUGAGCGAGAGUUAGAGAGCGCGAGGCAGGAGCAAGAUCAGCAGUUUGAGGACCAAAAGCGCCGGCACCGCGAUCAAGAAAGGAAAUUACAAGAUUUAGAGGUGGAACUUACAACCAGAACUAAAGAUGUCAAGGCCAGACUGGCUCAGCUGGAUGUCCAGGAGGAGAACAUGCGGAAAGAGAAGCAGCUGAUCUUGGACAUGCAGAGGCAGGCAGCUCUGGAGAAGGAGGAAGCCACAGCCACCCAUCAGGACCUGGAGGAAGCAAAGAAAGAGCACGCCCACAUGUUGGAGUCCAAGAGGCAGCUGCGAAGGGUCAUUGAUGACUUGCGUGUCCGGCGGGUGGAACUGGAGUCCCAGGUGGAUCUGCUGCAGGCACAAAGUCAGAGAUUGCAGAAGCACGUGAGCAGCCUAGAGGCUGAAGUACAAAGGAAGCAGGACGUCUUGAAAGAGCUGGCGGCUGAGAACAAUGCUUCUCCACACUUGGAGCCUGGUCUCCACAUUGAGGACCUGAGGAAAUCCCUUGGCACAAACGAGACCCAAGAGGUGUCCUCUUCUCUCUCCCAGAGUAAGGAGGAGCUCGACCUGUCCGUGGACAGUAUCCGGCACUUCCUCUCUGCCGAGGGUGUAGCUGUUCGCAGUGCUAAGGAGUUCCUGGUGCGGCAGACACGCUCCAUGCGGAGGCGACAGACGGCUCUGAAAGCCGCCCAGCAGCACUGGGGCCAUGAGCUGGCUAGUGCCCAGGAGGUGGACGAAGACCUGCCAGGCACCAAGGUCCUGGAAAAUGUGCGCAAGAACUUGAAUGAGGAGACCAGGCACUUGGAUGAGAUGAAGUCGGCCAUGCGGAAAGGCCACGACUUGUUGAAGAAGAAAGAGGAGAAGCUCAACCAACUGGAAUCUUCUCUACUGGAGGAGGUGUCUGACGAGGACACCCUGAAAGGAUCCUCUAUCAAGAAGGUAACCUUCGAUCUCAGUGACAUGGAAGACUUGAGCAGUGAGAGUUCUGAGUCCUGCCCCCUGCCUCACAUCACCGCACCCCCAAGCUCUGCUGACCCCAACAAGAUCCAUUACCUGAGCAGUUCCCUUCAGCGAAUCAGCAGUGAGCUAAAUGGUGUCCUGAACGUGCUGGGGAGCCUCAACUCCCAGGCGCCACCACAGUUCCUCAGCGGCCAGCCACCGCCUCCACCCCUCAGCUCCUCACUUUGGUCCUCCAAGAGCGUCCCUGGCCCUGCCUACUCCUCCCUGACCAAGCCCUCCUCCUUGUCAUCUGUUACACCUGCAUCCACUCAGUGGGCCUGGGACCCAGGACAGGGCUCCAAGCUCUCUGCCUCCUCCUCGCAAACUGUGGAUGAUUUCCUGCUGGAGAAGUGGCGCAAGUAUUUUCCUUCUGGCAUCCCUCUGCUCAGCGGCUGCCCUCCCCCACUGGAGAACAAGCUGGGCUAUGUGUCUGUAAGUGAGCAGCUCCACCUCCUGCAGCGCUCCCAUUCUCGAGUCCCCAAGGACAGUGUCAGCAUUCAGAACAUGAUCGAGUCCAACAGGAAGUGGCUGGAACAUUUCAGGAAUGACCCCAAGGUACAGCUCUUCUCUUCGGUGCCCAAACCAACAACCACUCCAAACGUGCUGCAGCUGGGCCUGGAUGAACACAACCGACUGAAUGUGUUUCACUACUGAGCCCCAUAGGGGAGCCAGGGCAGCGCCUCCUCCUCUACAACAAGUGCCUAAAGAGCCACCAGCACUUUAUUUCUCCCUGAUCAAGCAUGCCCUCCACUGUGUACUCCACCCAGGACUUGGAGGAACCACUGGGUAGGUGGGUGGAAAGCACUGCAUGGCUGUAAUCAGCGACACAGGCUCCAACCAUGGACUGUCCUGAGAAGGAACACGUGGACAUCUGUGAGCUUCUGCAUCAAGAUGGCACUGAGGUGUGGUUGCUGAAGACUUCUGGGGGUGUGGCCACCUUCAAUUAAAGCAAUUGCCUUGGGGGGACUAAAGAACCUCCCUGGGGGAGGUUGGUCCCUUCUGAGAGCUCUCUUGUCAAGAGUGGUCCUUUAUUUACACAGCUUCCUAGCCGGGCAU